UUCACACUACCUCGUUUCUCAUUGUUAUUCCAAUUGUCAAGAAACCUUAAACAUGGUAAAUCUUCCUAUGAAAAGAUCAAGAGAAGAAGAGUUUGAUAGCCUAACAUCCAUGGCGAAUUGCUUAAUGUUACUUUCCGGCGCCGGCGGCCUAGGAGAUAAUAAUACGAGCCAAAACGCCGGCGGCGGUGGCGGCCGGGUUUUCGAGUGCAAGACGUGCAGCCGGCAGUUCCCGUCGUUCCAAGCGCUGGGCGGCCACCGGGCCAGCCACAAACGGCCGAGAACGGCGGCGAUGGGGGAGGUGCCGCCCAGCUCGCCGCCGAAGCCGAAGACGCACGAGUGCUCCAUAUGCGGGCAAGAGUUUGGGAUUGGGCAAGCUCUGGGAGGGCACAUGAGGAGGCACAGAGCCGUCGUUAUGAACGGCGAGAUGUCGUCUCCGCCGUUGGAUCGCGUUCCGGGCGUUGUCAAGAUUCCGGCGGCGGGCGGCCGGAGGGUUUUGUGCUUGGAUUUGAACUUGACGCCGUUGGAAAAUGAUUUGGAGUUUAUCAAGCUUGGGAAGAUGGGCAUACAAGGCGCGUGAUAUGAUGAUGAUAAUGAUAUAAUACCAUAUAUGGAUCGGAGUAGUAUUCUUUUUCUCCCUUUUGUGGAUUCUUUUGAAAACUUGAUGGAUCUUGUAAUUACUUAGAUACAUUAGAAAUAUAUUAAAUUUGUUCAU